UUUCUCUAAGAUUCUGAAAUCGUGAUCAUAAGCCUAACGAAUACACACUAGAGUACAACAAGUCCUUAAUAGGAAUGAAAGAUAGCAGUAGCGUCCGACGCCCAUAGCAAAAUCGUGGUCGUAGAUUCACAUAGCGUCGUGAGAUUCAAGAACCUGCGGAUCCUUGUUUUUGGGCACCUCCUCAGGGACCAGCUCGAAUUGCGUGCGGUCCGUGCUGAGCGUGUGCAGAGACUGCAUAUACGCUUGAUGACGCCGGCUUCUGAGCUCGUCCUCCGUCGGCAAGGGAGUCAGAGGCAGUCCGUCCUUCGUGUCGUAGCGGUAGUCUCCAUCCCCAUGUCGUCGGAUUUGGCGCCGCACGACGAACCACCACACGCCAAACAGCAGCAAACAGGCCCCGACCAGACUGCCCACGCCGAUGGCCACGGGAAUCCCCACGGAUUUGUGCCCAGAGCUGGACGCGACUGACACAUUCGCACUGCCAUCGCCUAUAGGUUCGUUGAGCACGCGGACCCUGUGGAACUCGGCCAUCGCGACAGUCGCGUUUGUGAGCCCCAGCAGACCGAGAUGCGGUUGUACGGCAGCAAAAGUGGAGAAGUUCUGCGGGGAAAACGUCCCGUUGGUCAAGGAAUCACAUCUCCGAUCCCCGACGCAGGGUUGCUCAGCACCGCAUCUUCCGAUGUCUGGAUCAACCCGAUGCAGUCGCCCGGAUUGGACGAAGAUGAUGGGGGUGGAGUUGACAGAUCGAGAGGAUGGAUGGGCAUCUCCCGACGAUGAUCCAAGGAGAUCGUCAAGUUCAGAGGGGUUGUACAUGGCAUAUAAU